UCGCAGAGCAGGGGUCGGCGAAAAAACUACAACUGCCAGAUCACCUCGCUUCCAGAUUAUUUCCGGUCCUGCGCGGUUUCCGGAGCGGAUUGGAACCCGGAGUCAGGAUUCAAUAAAUUUCUGGUCGAUCGGAAAGCAGUUUUCAGAAUGGCUGAAGGUGGACCAGAUGAAUUUAUUUGGUGUGAGGACUGUGGGCAGUAUCAUAACACCGAAUGCCCAGAACUGGGACCAGUCGUGACUGUGAGAGAUUCCUUUGUGUUGAGCAGAGCAAGGUCAUCCCUGCCGGACAGCCUGGAGAUCCGACGGCUGGCAGAUGGAGCGGAGGGGGUCUUUGCUCUGGUUCAGCUGGUGAAGCGCACCCAGUUCGGACCGUUCGAGGCGAAGAAAGUGACCGGACUGGACAAGGAAGAAGUGCCGUUCCCCUUGAAGGUGUUCCAGAAGGACGGCCUGGUGGUUUGCUUUGACUACAGUAAUGAAGACGACUGUAACUGGAUGGGGCUGGUCAGGCCAGCCACUGAUUACAAACACCAGAACCUGACAGCCUAUCAGCAAGACAGUGAGAUCUAUUUCAACACCUCCCAGGAUAUCCAGCCUGGCACUGAGCUGCGGGUCUGGUACGGUGCUUUCUAUGCAAAGAGGAUGGAGAAGCCUGUGCUGAAGCCAGUCGCUAUUCCACCAACAGACGUGGUCAGCACUUCCCUGUCGAAGUAUGAAAUGAUGGGAGAGAACGCUGUGAAGAACCAUGGCAUGGGGACUCCCGAUUCCAGAGUCCCGACUCCUGCAGGUCAGAGCAGUGCUGCCCAGGCGGUGGAGUGCAGUCAGUGGGCUUGUAAAGUUUGCUCCACAGUCUUUGUGGAGCCCCAGCUGCUAACGGAUCAUCUAUUGAUUCACCUGGAGGAGGUGAAAGGGGCGUGCCAGUCAGUGAGCGUGACUCCUCCCCCUCCUCCUCUUGAACAGGAACCGGAAGUGGUGCCCCCUGACCCUGCUGUAACCCCCCAUGUCGUCACGCCCCCUCCGGAUCCCAAGCGCAAACCAGGAAGAGCACGGAAGCCCAAAGUUCCAAAAACAGACCCCAUCCAGGUUUUAGGAGAGCAGAUUGACAGCACAGCUGAUGCUGUUCCCGCAGUGGGGGAGGUGAUUACAGCUGGAGCCCCGGAGCCUCAACAGCAGGACCUCACGGCCGCAGCACAGCCGGUCCCAGGGAAGCUGCAGAGGAUGAGCCGCACCAUGCUGCCUGCUGGGAAGUCUGGAGUUCGGAAGCGGUUCAUGAGGUCAGCAGGGGAGCACAAGAGGGUUUAUCAGUGCAAUCUCUGCAACAAGGUGUUUCAGAACAGCAGCAACCUCAAUCGACACCUCCGCUCCCACGGAGAUAAACUUUUCAAGUGUGAUGAGUGUGAGAAGCUGUUCAGCCGCAAGGAGAGUCUGAAGCAGCACAUCUCAUACAAGCACAGCAAGAACGAGAUUGACAUGGAGUACAGGUACAGGUGCCCCACAUGUGAGAAGGCAUUCAGGAUGGAGAGCGCUCUCAAAUUCCACAACUGCAGGACAGAUGAUAAAACAUUCCAGUGUGAGAUUUGCUCGCGCUUCUUCUCAACGAACAGCAACCUCUCGAAGCACAAGAAGAAGCAUGGAGAGAAGAUGUACACCUGUGAGAUCUGCAACAAGAUGUUUUACAGGAAAGACGUCAUGCAGGACCAUCAGCGGAGGCACAUUGUGGGUCCGAAGCACAUGAAGAGGGAAGACCUUGCUAACGGUGAGGAAGGGACGAAAUACAGGAAGGAGCCGUCUGCCUGUCCCAUAUGUGGAAAGGUGUUCUCGUGCAGGAGUAACAUGAACAAGCACCUCCUCACUCACGGAGAUAAGAAGUACACGUGUGAGAUCUGUGGACGCAAGUUCUACCGGGUCGACGUUCUGAGGGACCACAUCCACGUGCACUUCAAGGACAUUGCCCUGAUGGACGAGCAUCAGAGGGAGGAGUUCAUCGGUAAAAUCGGGAUCUCGCUGGAGGAUGAGGAUGGAGAUUCGGAGGAAGAGGAUGGAGAGGAUGACAUGGAGCUGCACAAGUACAGCUGCAAGAAAUGCCAGGUGAGCUUUGCUAAAGGCAGGGAUUACCUGAGACACAUCAUGGAGCUGCACAAGGAGAAGGGAUACGGCUGUAACAUCUGCAACCGUCGCUUCGCCCUGAAAGCCACCUACAACGCACACAUGGUGAUCCACAGGGAGAACCUGCCUGACCCCAACGUGCAGAGGUAUAUUCAUCCAUGUGAAAUCUGUGGAAGGAUAUUUAACAGCAUUGGCAACCUGGAAAGACACAAAAUUAUACACACGGGUGUGAAGAGCCAUGGCUGUGAGCGGUGUGGGAAGUCCUUUGCCAGGAAAGACAUGCUGAAGGAGCACCUGAGGGUCCAUGACAACAUCCGAGAUUAUCUGUGUGCGGAGUGCGGGAAAGGAAUGAAGACGAAGCACGCACUGCGUCACCACAUGAAGCUGCACAAGGGCAUUAAGGAGUACGAGUGUAAAGAAUGCAGCCGCAAAUUCGCACAGAAGGUCAACAUGCUGAAGCACUACAAGAGGCACACUGGAAUCAAAGAUUUCAUGUGUGAGCUGUGUGGAAAGACGUUUAGCGAGAGGAACACCAUGGAAACACACAAACUGAUUCACACAGUUGGUAAGACCUGGACGUGCUCAGUGUGUGAUAAGAAGUACGUCACCGAGUACAUGUUGCAGAAACACAUCCAGCUGACUCACGAGAAGGUGGAGGCACAGAGCUGCCACCUGUGUGGGACCAAGGUGUCCACCAGAGCCUCCAUGAACCGGCACAUGAGACGCAAGCACCCUGAGAUCAUAUCCGUGAGGAUCGAUGACUUUGAGGAUGAGCUACAUGAAGGCAGCACCAUUGAUGCCUCCACUAUCAGCAUUGUGCAGCCUCAGCUGGCCCUGGACGAGGCUGACCUGCCGGGGGAGAAGCAGACGAGGACUCCCAGGCCAGCCAAGAAGAAGCAGAAGAGCUCUGCCAGGGGGGAGCGGGAGCAGCCGGCCUACAGCGAGUACACAGACAAGGAGGUGGAGUUCACAGGGAGCCUGGGAGAUGAGACCAGCUCCGCAGUGCAGAGCAUUCAGCAGGUGGUGGUGACCCUAGCUGACCCCAGUGUGACGGCCGCCCCCUCCAGCUCCAUGGGGCUGACUAGCAUCUCUGUCACCCCCAUCACCACCCCGGCGGGAGGCCAGUUCACCAGCCUGCAGCCCGUAGCGGUCAGCCACCUGAGUCCUGGCGACCCGCAGCUCGCCCUGGACAGCUCCAUCCUGACCGUGACCUUCGAUGCGGUCAGCGGCUCGGCCACGCUGCUGAACCGGCCUGCCGACUUGCAGCUCCCCUCGGUGCAGGAACCCGGGGCCCAGGCACAGUCCGUUGCCCACUUCAUCAACCUGGCCACCUUUGUGAACCCCAUCACCAACCCGGCCCUUACCUGGAGGCCGCUCACCCCCUCGGAGGGCAGCCCCACCGACGGGCUGCAGCCCCAGCAGCAGGGGGACGGGGAGGAGGGCCAGCAGGCAGAGCAGGAGGUGCAGGAGCAGGGCCAGGAGCAGGGGGAGCAGGGGGAGCAGCAGCAGAUGUACGGGUAUUGAUCAAAUGCUGCAAUCUUUCAACCCGCCCUUGAACCAGAAUCCUGUGCUGCUGCUUGGGAGUGCUGUAGCCGGGCUUGAGAAAACAAAAAGGAUAUCAUGAACAAAAAAGAAUCGAACACACAACAGAACACAUUGCAGGGGAGGUGGAUAUUAAGGCAGUGUAGCCCGGCGAGGUGCGUGGCAUUGUGGGAUAUCGGCGCGCCUCGGCCCCAGUGCCCUACUGCGAUUUAUACAAUGGCAUGAGAUGACUUGACAUUAAAAACAGCUAACAGAUAAUCCACGGCUUAAGAAAUCUGCCCCGUCUUUUUAUUAUUGUAUUUUUUCCUGUAAGAAAGCGGAUCAGUGCACAACACUGCCACUGGUGUAUCGAUCUCAGCCCCACUGUGUUCUUGUUAGGUUUGUUUUUUUUGGAGGGAGGUAUGCAUAAAAAAAUAAAAAAAACUACCAU